GUAUUCGUAAUAUGCGGUCCAUAUGUAAAAAUAUCAAAGGAGAUCUCGUCUCACUUUUUGAAAAAUUUAAAAAGGAAAUCAUCCACCCGUAGGGCGCAUUUUCAUGUGUGUAUAAUGCGCCCAGUAAAACAAAGAUGGCGCGCAUUUGUGCACCCACAUAGGGCAGGCGCAGGGUGCGUGCAAAACGUAGAACGUCGAUGUAAACAUGCGCCGGCGGCGGGCGCAGACGGAGGCUGGCAUGUGAUCCUAGCUUCACUGUAGAUAAUACGAGGCUGGCGAAAAAUGGCGGAUGAACAGGUGAGUCGCCGUGACGAGAAUAAACACGUCUCAUCCCGCGCGUGACGCAACGCUAUUAACCGCGAUACAGAGCGGGCGUCGCUUAAGCGGCCGCGACCCGCCGGCGGAAUCCGCGCCGGAUUUCCGCGUGCGUCGUCCAACCCACACUCUUGCCGCUCGUGCGUGCGUGCAUGCGUGCGUGGAUACGUUCGCGAGUGUGCGGCGCGUCCGCGCGCAUUCGCCGCAUUUCUCGCGGGGAGAGCCACGCCGGGAGAGGAUCUCCUUGUUCCAAGGAGGAGUGCCGUUUCCCUCGCGCUGUGACAAAAAAUACCGAUACCGAACGACGCGAACUUCAGUCCAAUCGCCGUCGCUUCGAUCGCCUACUGAUCGCUCACCGAUCGCGCGCCGAUGCGCCACAUCGUUUGGUCCUUCUCCGUCUCGCCACGCUUGUCAAGCUGAGAGAGUUUCUUGUGAAUGCGAACACCGGCUGAUUCAACGGAUAAUUAACGGCCGAUCAGAAAAAUCAUCUGAUCUACAGUGUGCUGUGUGAUUCACCGGAAUCGGUGAAGCCGCCGAGUGCAAAUUGCUGACCUCGCGGUUGGUGGACGGCGCGUUCCGGUUACGAUUCCUCGUACGACGAGCGUCACGUGAAAGCUCGCACGGCGCGAUGUAAAUGAGAAAAAAAAUAAGUGCGGUGACUCCGCUGCGUUUUGGGGUGCGACUGCGUCGUCGUCGACGUUGUUUAUCUUCGCGUACGUUGUUCGUACGCCGCCGCCACCGCGCCGGGGGAUACACCCGCGUAACGGAAGCCGCGGAGCUUGCGGGAGCGUUCGUCCAGCAAGAACGAUACCUGGCUACACUCGGCCGCUAAAUCGAAUUCUCAAUUUCCAUCAUAAUGCGCAUUUAUUUACAACCUGUCGCGGCCCGCGAAAUCCCGCGUAGAAUCCCGCGCGUCAGCUGGCACAUUUCUGGAACACUGUUGUAGUAUCUCGUCCAACGACAAUAUCUCGUGCGCAAUUCUAUCGGCAAAAUAGACGCGACGAACGUUCUUCCGCGAAACAGAGAUCUCAAUCUCUAUUUUUUUUUCUACUCCAUUAUCGCACAUGUGUACAUGUGUAUGUGUGUAAAACAUACUUGUACCUAAAUGGAAGUCUUAAGAGACGGCUUUAAACAGUGUGACUAAGAAUGGAUCACAUACAGGAAGUACGGCAGCUGGAGUUGCUAUGCAAGCAAUUGUACGAGUCUCAGGAUUCAGCACAUCGCGCAGAGGCGGAGAAGGCCCUGGUCGCUUUCCAGAAUGCACCAGAUACACUUACGAAGUGCCAGCUUCUGCUGGAUCGUGGAGACUCUGCGUACGCUCAAUUACUGGCCGCUACCACCUUGACGAAGCUGGUGUCACGUUCGGCACAGGGACAACUUACGACAACACUCAGCUUACAACAGAGGCUUGAUAUACGAAAUUACGUACUCAACUACUUAGCAACACAACCAAAGUUACCGAAUUUUGUGAUACAGGCUUUGGUUACAUUAUUUGCAAGGAUAUCAAAGCUUGGGUGGUUUGAUUCCGAUAAAGAGGAAUUUGUCUUCAGGAAUGUAGUUAGCGAUGUAGCCAAGUUUCUUCAGGGGUCAGUGGAGCAUUGUAUGAUAGGAGUACAGUUGCUUUCUCAAUUGACGUGUGAAAUGAAUCAAAUAUCGGAAGCCGAUGCGAACAGAUCUCUGACAAAGCAUAGAAGAAUAGCGAGUAGCUUUAGAGACACACAACUAUUUGAAAUAUUUAGGUUAUCGUGUACCUUACUAAGCACUGCUCGCGAGAAUUGUAAAAAUUUAAAUUUCAACGACGAAGCGCAGCAUGGUUUGAUAAGACAAUUGUUAAAGCUUGCACAAAAUUGUUUGACAUUUGACUUUAUUGGUACGUCAACCGAUGAAAGUUCGGAUGAUCUUAACACAGUACAAAUCCCGACAAGCUGGAGACCUGCGUUUCUGGAUUUUACUUCGUUGAAAUUGUUUUUUGAUCUAUAUCACAGUCUACCUAAUACGUUAUCAUGUUUGGCACUCUCAUGCCUGGUUCAAAUAGCGUCGGUUAGACGAAGUUUAUUCUCCAAUACUGAAAGGGCAAAAUUUCUGACACACUUAGUCAAUGGUAUUAAGCAUAUACUACAAAAUCCUCAAGGUCUUAGUGAUCCAGGAAACUAUCACGAGUUUUGUAGAUUAUUAUCUCGACUGAAGAGCAAUUUCCAACUUGGCGAGUUGGUUUUGGUAGAGGAUUAUCCCGAAGCAAUACAACUGAUCGCAAAGUUUACGGUGCAAAGCUUACAAAUGUGGCAAUUUGCGCCAAACAGUUUGCAUUAUCUUUUGACUCUGUGGCAAAGAAUGGUAUCUUCAAUGCCAUAUGUAAAAGCUGGUGAUCCACAUUUAUUGAAUACGUAUACACCGGAAGUUACAAACGCGUACAUUACGUCGAGACUUGAGUCGGUAGCAGUAGUGGUCAGAGAACGCUUGGAGGAUCCAUUGGACGAUCUAGGAGUGGUUCAUCAUCAAUUAGAACAAAUAUCAGUUAUCGGUAGGUGCGAGUAUCAAAAAACAUGCACUUUACUAGUCCAACUGUUCGAUCAAGCUGCAAGAACAUACCAGGAGCUAAUGACACAAACGGUAUCGCCAACGCAACAGAUUGAUAUUGCAAUUCAAGAGGGACAACUCACAUGGCUUGUAUAUAUCAUAGGUGGUGUUAUCGGCGGAAGAGUUGCAUUUAAUAGCAACGAGGAAUUUGACGCUAUGGAUGGAGAACUGGUUUGCAGAGUGCUUCAGUUGAUGAAUCUAACUGAUUCAAGACUCGCGCAAGGGGGCUGUGAGAAAUUGGAAUUAGCGAUGUUGAGCUUUUUUGAGCAAUUUCGAAAAAUCUAUGUUGGUGAUCAAGUUCAAAAGAAUUCUAAAGUAUAUAGGAGGUUGUCUGAUGUGUUGGGUCUUAACGAUGAGGCGAUGGUACUCAGCAUUUUUAUUCGAAAGAUAAUAACGAAUUUGAAGUACUGGGGUAGGAGCGAACAAAUUAUUUCCAAGACGCUACAACUUUUAAAUGAUUUAUCAGUGGGUUAUAGUUGUGUUCGUAAACUCGUCAAAUUAGAGGAAGUACAAUUUAUGCUCAACAAUCAUACGCGAGAACACUUUCCAUUUUUGGGAAACAAUGUUGCCGUGACAGAAAUGCGCUGUAGAUCAAUGUUUUACACAUCUCUUGGUAGAUUAUUGAUGGUAGACUUAGGUGAGGACGAGGAAAGGUUUCAUACCUUUAUGUUACCUCUUACAGGUGCAUUAGAGAGCCUUGGUCAAUUAAUGGGUGCUGCAGAUACACCUCUCUUUGCAGCAGAGGAAGCAAAGAAAGCAUUGAUUGGUUUAGCGCGAGACCUUAGAGGCUUAGCUUAUGCAUUCAACACCAAGACAUCCUAUAUGAUGCUUUUUGAUUGGAUAUAUCCGAAUUAUACACCGAUUUUAUUACAUGCUGUGGAGUUGUGGCAUCACGAACCGCAGGUGACAACGCCCGUCCUGAAGUUAUUUGCUGAGUUAGUACAAAAUAGGAGUCAACGAUUACAGUUUGACGCAUCGUCUCCAAAUGGGAUACUGUUGUUCCGAGAGGCCAGCAAAAUAAUAUGUAGCUACGGCAAUCACAUAUUAAACGUUGAAGUACCUAAGGAUCAGAUUUAUCCUUUAAAACUCAAAGGAAUAAGUAUAUGCUUCAGUAUGUUAAAGGCAGCCUUGUGCGGAAGUUACGUAAACUUUGGAGUGUUUAGGUUAUAUGGUGACGAGGCGUUGGACAAUGCUCUUAAUACAUUUGUUAAAUUACUCCUUAGUAUUCCACAAAGUGAUCUCUUGCAUUAUCCAAAACUGUCAGCAACAUAUUAUUUGUUACUCGAAUGUCUGGCGCAAGAUCACAUGGUCUUUUUAUCUACUUUGGAACCUAGGGUUUUUCUGUACAUCCUUUCCAGUAUCAGCGAAGGCCUUACAGCACUAGAUACUAUGGUUUGUACUGGUUGCUGUGCAACUCUUGAUCAUAUUGUGACAUAUUUGUUUAAACAACUUUAUCAAAAAGGAUAUCCAGGAAGGAAAAAUGCAGUUGUUCCUGGAGGAGGAGAAUUAUUUUUACAAGUUUUAAAACAGCAUCCUGAAAUACUUCAACAAAUUUUAAGUACUGUUUUAAAUGUGAUAAUGUUUGAAGAUUGUAGAAAUCAAUGGAGCAUGUCUCGUCCUUUACUAGGUCUCAUAUUAUUAAAUGAAGACUAUUUCAAUCAAUUAAGGGAAAAUAUUAUUAGAAGUCAACCAGUUGAUAAGCAAGCAGCGAUGGCCCAAUGGUUUGAAAAUUUAAUGAAUGGGAUUGAAAGAAAUUUACUCACAAAAAAUAGAGAUAGGUUUACACAAAAUUUAUCAAUGUUUAGAAGAGACAUAAAUGAUGCCCUAAAAGGACCUAAUAUAUCAAAUUCAGUCAAUGAUAUGAUGACUUCGUAG